GAAACAGAAGCAAGAAAAUGUUACACAAAAAGUGGAAGUCCCGAAGGAACCUUUACCCAUGGGAGCAACAGCCCUUCCCCAUCCUAUCUGGUCUGAAGAAGAGCUACAUAAUGUGCAUAUAACUCAUAAGCCCCCAGAGGGAAAAGUAGACAAGAUGGCCUAUUUUACAGUAAAAACUGUGAGAAGAGCAUUUGAUCUGGUGUCUGGCUUCACGUGGGGAGAGAGAAAUGAAUACAAAUGGCUGAACCGAAUAAUAUUCCUGGAGACAGUUGCGGGUGUACCUGGUAUGGUGGCAGCCAUGACACGUCAUCUUCAUUCAUUACGACGUAUGCAAAGGGACUAUGGCUGGAUACAUACAUUAUUAGAGGAGGCAGAAAAUGAAAGAAUGCAUUUAAUGACAGCAUUACAGUUGAAACAACCAUCACGAAAGUUCAAAUGGUGUGUUAUAGGAACUCAAGGAGUGUUUGUUGGAAUGUUCAGUGUUUGGUACCUGUUUUCACCCAGAUUUUGCCAUAGAUUUGUUGGCUACUUGGAAGAAGAGGCAGUCAAAACUUACACAAAAUGUCUUGAGGACAUAGAGUCUGGUAAUUUACAACAUUGGAAAACCAAACCAAGUCCAGAAGUUGCCAUAUCCUACUGGAACUUGCCAGAAGAUGCGACUAUGAAGGACGUAAUUCUGGCAAUCCGAGCAGAUGAGGCACAUCACCGACUGGUGAAUCAUACUCUAGCUUCUAUGAAGCCCACAGACUAUAACCCCUAUAAACCUGGAAAAUAAAAGAAAAUCCUAUAAGUUAAAGUACAAAAAUUGAAGUUGGAAAGUGUUUGACAGUGAAGUUAUUCAUUGUUUUCAUACAUAAAGUGCACAUUGUGAAAUAUGGAGGAAAAAAAUGUUUAUCUGCAUUAUUAAAAUUACAGAGCUGAAAAUAAUUCUAUAUCUUGGAAAAAAAUAUGUACGUUUUGUGAAUCCAGGACAAUUCUGUAUAAAAGAAAAACCAGGGUCACAUGUCACCAUUCACAAUUUGAACAAGUUUGUAUAAAUUUUAAUGAUGUAAAUGAUUAGAUAAAAUAUGAACCAAAAAGGAGAUUUUUAAGCCAUUGAAAAUUUUGAUUUGAAAAAGGCCUGAAAAAAAAUUUUGAACCAAAAGACCCAGUUUGUUUUAAAUUGGUAAUGUAUAUUCUUAUAACAAAGAUUGUUUUCUAUAAUUAUAUUGUUACAUCUGCCAACUGGUUAAAACUAGUUGUACGUUUGUAUCAUUUUUCAGCCUGUGAACAAAUAACUGUUUGUCUAAUUGUUUUAUAAUCAGAAAAAUAAUUAACUUGUUAUUUUCUGUAUCCAUUAUGUUCAAAUUAUUGUGCUUAUGUACAGAUAUAUACAUAAAUAUUAAUAUAUCUACAAAUUCAUGGGUUUAGUAUCAAACACUUAAUUUGGUCUAGUGGUUAAGAUGUCUACCUCUCAACCCAGGGAUCAUGGGUUUGAGCCUCACUGGGGUUAUGACCAUAUGACCUCAUAUGACACCAGAACUGGUCAGUUCCAGGAAGGAGAUUGGAACUGGUUCUAGCUUUCAUCACAAAUUGUGCUAAAAUAAAUAAGUUUAUACCAAGUUCUCCACUGGUAAAUUUCUUAAUAACUAAUGACUUAAUUGUCACAAUCUCGGAAAUAUUUUUAAUCACAAGUGUUAUUGUUUUGUUUUUAACUUUAUACAUGAUACAUGUCACUUAGAUAAGAAAAUGUUAAUGUAAACAUGUUUUUUUUUUCAAAGAUAUGUUUUCAUGUUUAUUUGAAAUAAUUAUGUACAUGUAUUAAUUAUAAUAAGUGCAUAAUAUAUUUGUAGAAAAAAUAUUAUUUGUUUUUAGCUUUUUGUAGAAAUGUUGUUUUUUUUGUGUGUAGAAAUGUAGUAAUGUAUAUUGUAUUCUUCAGUAGACCAGGAAUUAUAUGCGGGCGUGUAACUUGGUAUACUAUAUUGCUUGUUAUUGUGCCAUUGUUGUUAACGUUGUUUUAUUCCACCAUACUUGCCAGGUAAUUUAUGGUCAUGUCUGUAUUGAAUUUGGAUUAAAGUUUGUCCAAGGUUGAUUUUAAUUAUUUAGUGUUCGACACUUUGCAGCAAGUGCAAAAACAAGAGUUAACAAUUAUGAUUUAGACAUCUUAUUUGUGAAAUUCUGUUCAAGAAAAAUGUUUAAGUAUAGAAUUCCGCCCAUAGUGAAGACCAUUCCUUCCCAAGAAAAUUUCAAAGUUGAAAAUCCUGUCCAAGAUGAAAUGUUUAAGUAUAAAUUCUGCUCCAAAUAAAAUUCCAGCCGGAAUUUUUCUAGUUUUCCGCCCAGAAAAGUGAACAAAAUAUUUUUCUUGCGAGACGGAAUGACACGGAAUUUGCGUUUCCGUUCCUGGUCCGCCCAGAAAUCACUGAUUCCGUGUCAAUUCCGUGCCAAUUCCGCCCAGAAUCCGUGCCAAAAUUUCGUACAGGUAUAGACAUCUCAUCUGAUUUCCUUGUGCUGUUUAAAACUUCUAAUAAAUACGUUCACUAACACCUGGUUGUAAAUGUUACUAGCUUUAAUGUCGGGGCAAUUAAGGAUGUAGUAAACUGUGGAUCUAAGCAAGUAAAUGAGGGAGCUUAUGUCAAAGAAGGACCAAUAGUAUUUUGACUUAAAUACAAGCUUAUUGAUACUGUGAUAAUAAAAUAAAUCAAUACUAAUUAUGAGGAAUUGUAAUAUUUGCUGAAUUCUUGCAAGUAUAAUCAAUUGAAAGGUCAUGAAUUCUAGAAUGUGUCUGAUAUUUUUUAAAGAUGAAUCUAUGUUCCAAGUUUGAUGAGAAUUUUGUAGAAUUGUGACAGCAAAUAUUUAAGUUGAAUUAUAACAAUCCUUAGACAACGAGAUUCUAAACAAGUUCUACUUUAACAACAUUGAGAAGCAGUCAGUUAGCUGUACUUUAAAGUACUAGUACAUUUUCAUGAAAAUGAUUUACAAGUUACUAAUUUUGUUUCUCAGAGAAAUUUCAUUUUCAAUGAAAUUACAGUUGGAUUAUACAGAUUGUGUUCAUUUUCAUUUGGAUUAUAUAUAACAUGAGUUUGUACUGCUGGAUAAUCUUUCCCUAACAUAGUUUCUGGUUUUGUUAUUGAUGAAAUAUUUUGCCAUUGACCUUAAUGAUAGAUUGUGAUCUCUUUAAAAUGUGUAUUUUUUGUUUUGUUUUACAACUAAAAAUUUGUUUGUGUGAUAAAAAACAUGGUUUAUACCUGGGAUAUGAUAUUAAGGGACAAGCAACUGGAUAUGAGCAUCUAUUAUCCUUUCCUCCAUGGCAAUCAGACGCAGUUACCACCAUUGUCUUGUUGAUCUUUUUUUUUUUUAAUUGUCUGUAGAAAUCAGUUUAUGCUCCCUCAGCAGCUAAUUUAAUAGAAGUCACUACUGUUUUUAUGCCUCCAGGCAUAUAGUAAGUGAACCGUCCAUCCGUCUGUCCAUCUGUCCGUACAAGGUUAACCUAGAACGGCAAGUUGGAUUUUUCUUAAGUUCUACAAGUACCAAUGGCUUCAUAAUUUACACACUUACUAAUCCAUACAAAGUAUAUGAUCUGGGCAAGUUACAUAACUAUGGCUUCCAUUUGCACCAAGUUAUGGCCCUUUUCAGCUCUUAGAAAAUGAAUAAUUGUUAACCUAAACCGGCAAGUUGGAAAUAUUUUAUGUUCUAUCUGAACUAAUGGCUUAAUAAUUUUCACAAUUACUUAUCAAUACAAUGUACAUGAUAUUGCCAAGUUAUAUAAAUGUGCCAUCCAUUUUCCCAGUAAUUUCCCUUCUUAUCACUUUGAAAAUAGGGCAUUGUAUGGUUAACCUAUUCCGCCAAGUUUGAUUUAUCAAAAAAUUUCACCUAAUUGCUUAAUUUAUUUAAUGAUAUCUUUCAUAUUUGGUAGGUGGAUACCUUUAACGGUCCUCUAAUUUUUUGUGGCGUUAGGCGUCUCUAGGUCAAGGUCACUUGUGUAAAAAAUAAAUCUAAACAUUUCUGCUCAUACAGCCUUUAUUUUUAAGUUAAUGUCUUUCAUGUUUAUAAUAGUCAUAUCAAGGGAGGUCCUCUUCCUUUUCCUUUAGUAAGGGGUCAUUUGGGUCAAGGUCACCAAUGUUAAAAAUAGAUUUUUUACACUUUUACAGGUGUAUUAACCUUAUUCUAUCGACAGAUGUCUUGUAUAUUUUGUAGGAACAUAAAAUUGAGGUAUUCUCAUUUGGAUGGAGGUAGGGGUCAGUUGGGUUAAGGUCACCAGUGCUAAAAUAGAUUUUUACACUUUUGCUCAUACCUCUUUAUUUAUUGACAUAUUUGUAUUAUAAUUGGUAGGAAGAUAACUUACAUGGUAUUCUUCCUUUGGAUGGAGUUAGGGGUCAGUUGGGUCAAGGUCAACAGUGCUAAAAAUAGAUUUUUUCACUUUUGCUCAUACAGCCUUUAUAUAUUGACAGAUUUAUUUCAUAUUUGGUAGGAAAAUAAGUUGCAUGAUAUUCUUCCUUUGGAUGGAGUUAGGGGUCAGUUGGGUCAAGGUCUUCCAUACAAAUUAGCUACUUCACUCUCUAAAGUUAAAUUAUUGACAACAGUGACCGCGGGGGCAUUUGUGUUUAUCAAACACAGAUUCUUGUUUCAAAGUGAAUGGUAGUGAAACAUUCCACUGAUGCACUGGAGAGUAUAAACAGUGUAAAUACUAGAGAAAUAUAAGCUAUCUGGAGUAAGAUUGGAAUAGACCUUUUUGUAUUUAAAUGGCCUAAAUGUAAUGUUAUGAUAAUUUAUUGAUGUAAAAUUUUAUAUUAAUGGCAUUUACGUAUGAUUUAAACUCUACACUCAUUGUUGACCAAGCAGAAGCCAUCAUCUGUUUGUCUGGUAGUAGUUGCUUGUCCUUGUUUCUUUUUAUAUACUUGAAUGGUUUUAUAUUUUGUCUUUAUUUUUUAAAAAAAAUUGUAUAUAUUUCCUAAUUCUCUAUAAUUUUUGUUUUUAAACAUUGUUUUUGAUAUGUUUUAAUAUAAUUUUUGUUGAUUAUUUAGCAAACUUUGCUAUUGUCAGAUAUUAAAAUCUCAGUUUAA